GAGCCUCUCAGCUGCGAGGGAAUGGCUGUACGAUUAUUUGCUCUGACACCGACGGAGACCGGGCCAGAGCACACUGCGCGUGCGUUAAUCCACACGACAAACUGUUCACCCCGACCAAAGAAAGCCCGAUACUCACCAGAAUCGGCGCUUGCUAAUCGCUUGUAUGCGCUGGGCGAUUUUUCAUGUGUUUUUCAUGCUGCUGUACUGCACUCCAUCGACUGGUGACGUUUAUGCAGCUAUCUUGUAACAAAAACAAUAACAAACGACUAAGAGGCAAAAUAGCCCCUGCAAGACCAAAUGCGAAUCGCAUCAAACCGGCGAGUCCGUCAAUUGCGUGUGGCUUGUUCGUUGUGUACGUAUGUAUGUUUUGGUUGAAAUUUGCUUUUGUACUAAUUGUGUUUGAAUACUGAUGCAUGAUUUUGAGGGAUCAAGUCAAAACUCUGAAGAAAGCGUAAAGAAACAGGUGUGCAAGAAGUCGCGAAUAUCGUUUAAAAAAUAGACUAUUUCUCUGCGUGUUCGUCAAUCCAUAGCGGAGCGUUCGAAUAAACUAGCGUUUCAGUUUACUAUACCGGCAAGCAAUUAGGAAACGCGCGCGCCGCCAGCGUUCUAUGUUGCUCUCACGCAAGAAAAAACCGUAGUGCUGUUCCGGCUGCUGUGUUGUAUAGUGCGUUGGGCGCCGUUAGUUGGACUUGUGAAGGUCUACCAGGGGGGCAGCGGCUCUCCCGAACCCCUUGCCAAAGUGGCGUUACUAACUUCGUUUCCGGCGGAUGCUGCGGCCAUGCUUCCUUACGAGCAGCCCACGAUCUUUGAGGACCUGGCGAGGUGUAUGCUAAACGUACCUCGGGUGGUGCUCAAUCAACGGGCAAAGUUCGAAAGUGACGAUCUGCUUAAAAAGUGCGCUCGAGAAAGUGAGGUAAAAUACACGGGGUACAAAGACCGGCCCCGUGACGAGCGCGAAUAUCGGUUCAAGCUCGGUCUUCGAGAAGGCAGAGUGGAAGUGGCAUACACGGCUCACGGAACCAACCUUCAACUGGCGUUUCCCGGCUGCGCGACUGGUUUUUCCAACGAGUAUUGCGAUUUCAACAAGCAACCUGGAAGGGUGUACAUUCGGAGCUCAUUUAUUAUGAACGGAGUCUGCGUACGAUGGAAAGGAUGGCUAGAUCUCCACAAGCUAGAGGGUAUGGGCUGUCUGGAGUUCGAUGAGGAACGCGCAAAAAUUGAAGACGCUCAUCUUCGUGAGCAAAUUGAAAAGCACAGAGAAAAAGCUUUCGAUUCGUUUCGAGUAGACAACCCAAAUCCGUUCCCCGUACAUUCGAAGCGCUCGUAUAGGGAACGCAUACAAGGCGAAACAGAUCUCAGCGCGCACCACAUUGACGUACACCGGACGUGAAGGUCAGCAUUCGAAAGAAAAAGGCCAUCAGGGCUAACAAUGACGGUUUAGCUAUCUUAGCAUUUAUAGAUAUUUAUUGCUUAUUGGUUUUUGAUAUCUUUAAUUAAGUCUAUCUACUAGCAGUUAUAGUUCUGACUCGAUGUCGACCUUCACCGAACAUGACGAUCACGUUGAAUAUAACGUUGUGCGCCAUGGAUUGCUACAGGGCCGGCGUUGUACGAGCGUACACAAAAGAAAUUUGCAAGAAAAAACGCGCAAAUGGUAUAGCCGUUGGGUCGCCCUUGUUGUGAUAAGCAGGAAAUAGGAAGCAGGUGUCGGCCAUCAUUACGGCAGCGUCGGAAUUAACAAAUCAUAUAUUGAUGCUUGAUCGAAACAGCAAACGCUACUGAUCGGCCGCUCGAGUGUGAAGAUAACAGUGAUGAAACACUAGGGGGCGUUAUGUUAUCGUGUCAAAGCGAUCACAGCGCCACGGGUAACACCACCAGGGUUAGAGUACAGGAUUAUAGAAUAAUUUGCUAUUAUUAUUAUGACAAUGGUUGAGGGCACAUAGUCCUAUUGACUGAAAUGGAGUAGUUGUCCGUUCGAACAAAGCGUUAUCCAUUUCCUUUUCUCAUACGACACUGUGCGUAUAAAUUGUGUGUGUAUAUAUAUAUAUAUAUAUAUAUAUAUAAUAUAGAGAAAGACCGAUUAAUAGCAGUGGACUCGUAUUCACAUUACAACACAAAGACUGAUAAACGAAUUGAUGACGAAGGUGGAAGUUUUGAACAAAUAAAAUUCG